AUGUCGGAUACUAGGCAUCUAUCAACCGAAGCGGAUGAGAGAAUCGAAAAUAGAAGCUGUGAUUUACCCGACGAUAUGCUCUUACGGAUCUUCUACUUCGUCCCGACAAAAGUCGCAGCCGCCACUGCAGUCUUGUCUAAACGAUGGCGUCAUAUCUGGACGAUGAUGCCUCAAAUCUCCUUCAAAGACGAAGGCAGCGAGAGCCUUGAGCAGGCAUUGCAACUUCACAAGGCACCGAAACUAGAGUGCUUGCUUUUCAUACUUUGUUCGGUUCAUGUGGAUGUCCGGAAGUUCGUUGAGAACGCAGUUAAACGCGGUGUAGAAGUGGUAGAAUUCGAGUACAACUUGAUCGGAGUGCCAACAAGGCUUCCUAAGAUUCUUUACACAUGCGACACGCUCGUUGAUUUAACUCUGUCCAACCAGAUUCUAGUGGAUGUUUCUUCCCAGGCUCGCCUACCAUCUCUCUUGUAUCUGAUGCUUAUGAACGUGGUGUACAAAGACGAAGACUCUCUUGUUAGCCUUUUAUCAAGUUCCCCUGUUCUU